UCUCUGCGUCCAUUGUCAACAGCGCAAAAAAAAGAACAAAAAAAGGAAAAAAGAAAAGAAAAUUUUCUCUCUUUUACAAUUCAUGCCUUUGUGCUGGUAUAAGUAGCUCACACUCUUCAACACAUACUACACUCCUUUAAGGCUCUCAUCCUGAUCAAUCUUAAUUUCAACACAAGAAGAGAAUGAGCAGCCUACGUGAGGACCAACGACACAAGAAAAACGAAGCAAGGCUCAUCAACAUCAUGGGGAUUGCUUAUCUCUUCCCAACCACAGUCACAGAUAGAGUUGCUAAGUGCUCGUUGGAUUUCGUUUAUUUGAGCAUUGUUACGCUGUUCUCGUCGUGGACUGAGGUUGCAUGUUGGAUGCACACUGGAGAGAGGCAAGCAGCAAAAAUGAGGCUAGCAUAUUUAAGGUCAUUGCUUGAUCAAGAUAUAAGUGUGUUUGAUACUGAGGCUUCAACUGGAGAGGUGAUCAAUGCAAUCACCAGUGAUAUUUUAAUUGUGCAAGAUGCUAUCUCUGAGAAGGUUUGA